AUGUCUUCCAUUACAGACGUUAGUGAGCGUAAAAUUCGUCCGAUUUAUGAGGCAAUCGAUAGUGCAAAUUAUAAGUCUGCUUUAUGGCAUUGUAACAAAUUGUUGAAGAAGCAACCUAACGCUCUCAUAUUAAAGGCUUUGAAAGGUUUAAUUCUAGAGAGAACUGGUAAAUCCGAUGAAGCAUUACAAUUAUGUGCUCAAGUAAAAGAAAACAAACCCUCAGACGAACCUAUAUUACAAGCUCUUACUUUGAAUGCCACGCGUCAGAACCCUAAUAACGAAGAAUUCGGUAACCAUUUGUUUAUGGCUAUGGUUCGAAAUGGUGAUUAUAAAGGGCAGCAACAGGCUGCUUUGAAGUUGCACAAGACAUUUGGAGUGAACAAAUAUUUAUUUUGGGGCAUUAUGAGUUUAGUAUUACAGGCAGAAAAUGCUUCUGUAGGACAAUCAUCAAUUUUUAUGACAUUGGCUGAACGCAUGAUGCUCAAAGCAGUUCAAGAAGAUCGAUUGAAAAAGACUGAAGAGGUCCACCUUUACUUGAUUAUUUUGUUGACGCAAAAUAAAAACAAGGAGGCUCUGGAAAUGUUGGAAGGCGACCUUGGUCAAAUAUGUAAGCAUGAUACCGAGAUAAAUUACAUUCGGAAUGAUUUGCUUCUAAAAACUAGCAAUUGGUCCAAGGCAAUUGAGAUAAGCAAGUUAACAUUGACGGAAACGAACUCAGAUGAUUGGGGAGCAUAUUUAACUUAUUUGGAAUCUCGAUUUCAUCUCAUCAAGUCGAGUGAGAAGGAUGAAAAUGGAGAAGAUUUGAAUAAGACAACUAAUUUGGAUGAUGCUCGUGAGCUGUUCCAUUCUCUGCAAGAUAAGGGAUCAGAUUCAGGCGUUGUAAAACGAGGUCCAUUUCUCGCCGAGUUUGAAUUAGAAAAGCGAGUCAUUUCGGAGUUAAAAGAUUGCAAACCGGCAAAAGAAGUAGACAUUUUGGCGAUUGAAUAUUUUCGAAAGUUUGGAGCUAAAGCUUGCUGUUUUGAUGAUUUACAACCUUAUUUGAAAAGUGUUCCGUUAGAAAUCUCCAGGAAGAUGGUCGAAGCGUUCAAGACUUCGAUUGAUAGCACUUGUGAGGAUAUUAAGUCAAGGAUUCAAAAUGUUUAUAAGAAUAUUAAUGUCAAUAAGUUGGAAAGAUAUCUUGGGUUAUUAUCGGAUAUCAGCGAAAGUGAUGCAAUAUUAUAUGUUAAUAAGUUAUGGCGAUCAUAUAAUGAUGCUCUUCAGUAUGGUGUAGAAUUACUAGACACUGAAAAUCAAUAUGGCGACGAAUUUGUUAUCCUGGCAUCUCAUCUUCUUAUUGAUUUGUAUCUCAAAAAAGGCCAGAAUUCUUUUAUACUUCAAGCAAUUUUUCUGUUGGAGAUGGCUUCAUGUAAAAGCAAAUACAACUACCAAUUCAAAUUGUUACUCAUUCGGCUAUAUCAAAUUCUUGGAGUCUUUCAGAGGUCUCUUGAGUUGUACAAGUCUAUGGAUAUAAAGCAUGUUCAACUGGACUCUAUGAGCCAUUACAUUUGUGCUCGGUCGUCAUCUUUUGCAUUUAUUGGAGAAGCUAUUCGAACAUGUUAUGAGACUCUUCAAAUUUAUCGCAGUAACGAUGCGGAGACACCCGAAAUGAUAAUUCAGGCGUUUAAGCUUGCCACCUUUAGCAAGGUGCAAGAAUUUAUUAAGUUUCGUAAGGAGUUGGAUUGUUCUAUGCAAAGAGUUCUUUUAUACAGAGAAAUAAUACGCCUUGACAUUCUGAGCAUUUCAAAAGAUAUUAAGCUUACAAUGGAAUACCUUGAAAGAGAUUUGGACUCGGUCAUUGAUCUUAGUCAUGAUGAUUCUUUUUGUGCAACUCUAUGUGACCAUAGAGACUUUACAGUAAUGACUAAUUGUAAUCCUUCAGACAUUAAAUCUAUCGAGGAAAUUACUAGAGUGUCACCUAUACUUAACGAAUUAGAGAAUUUAGUUAAUUUAGAGAAUAAAGAAUUGAUAACAUUAGAGGAAAGACAUAUAGGUGAGAUAGUGUCAAGCUUGGGUCGUAUAUACAUUACAAUUAAAGACGUUCGGGCGGGUCAAAAAGAAUCUAUUCAGAAAUUAUCAAAAAUUAUUGAUGGGAUCAUUUCUAUCUUAAAAGAUUUCUGCACAGAGGAUUUUACUAAAAUUUCACUACGAGAGAUGUCUUGGAAACACGUGAAUCAAAUUUCAACUUUUCUGGAGGCUUGCAAUUAUAUUAUCAUUGUAAUUUACAUUAUACAUGAGGUAUUACUUAACAAAAACAAAAAAUCGGGGAAUAAAGAAUUGGUUCAAGUAAUCCAAACUUUGAAAAAAUCUGUAAAAGAAAAUCUUGAACGAUUAAACGAACAAUUAAAUGAAUUCAAAAAGAAAUUAGAGAAUGAGGAAGAGUUGUAUUUGGAUCUUUUAUCAUUUAUCAAAUCCGAAAAUGGAUUCAUAGAAUUUUGUGAAAAUGAGUUAAAAAAGUGGGUUUAA